GUAUAUCAUCCUACGUAUAUGGAGAACACGUGCGAGGAGUACGAGCCCCACUUAAGCGAUGGUCGUACAAAAAUGAUCAAGCAAUAAAUUGAAUAAUGAUACGUCAUUGACACGUUUGACGACAGUAUCGAGCACUUUUCUAAUUCAAAAUUUAUUCCUGGGAAUAAUUAUAAUAAAACUAUAAUCGCUCUACUACUAUUUCUACACACAGAAAGUCAGACAUUCAUUCAGGAGACAAAUGAUAUUCCGCAUGCAUAAUUCAUUCGCGUUUACCAGACAGGAUAUCAGUCAUCUUUAGUCUAUUUGAUAAAUAAACGCGUUGCCUUAACAUCCUCUCUGGAACACGGAAUGAUUGUCGGAUAGAUUAAUAAUCAAAACGUCGUUUUUGUCUUCAAUGCAGAAAGCAUGUGUGAUCAAUUAAGAUUUAUAAUACCGAGAUUUAACAGACAACCGACCUCAAUAAAAAUUUCGACUUAUUUCUGACUAUCGUUUCAAUCGAGACGUAUGUGGGAUAUGUGGGAUACAAUGAUAUAUGAAAAUGAAGUCUAGCACCGAGAAACAUGAGUAAUACUGAUUAUUUGGCACGAAGCGCUCGUGUCGCUUUCAAGGAUCACGCAAUCCGCGCAUGAUUCGUUCUCGUCGAUAUUAUUUUGUUCCUCGUACAAAGAUGGUGACUGUAUCCAUCACGAGCUACGUAACACGCUCAUUUUGAAAUAAAAUACAAAAUUCACAAAAUUCUUAAGCCUCGUGCCUCGGUUCUACAUGCUCGUCACUCGUGUCGAGAAUUUCACGAAAUACUUUUGUGUCAUGACGUGCACCUAGCAGAAAUCUAUGGCGAUGAAAAAGAUGUCUUUUUGGAUUUAACCUGAAAGUUUCUGUCCGAUGUAACGAAGCUAGAUUAUCGCACGAAUAAGAUAUUUCUUUAGAAUUUUUUUUAAUAGUCAUAUACUGCGGCUGCUUGACAAUUUUCCUUGAAUGGACGAAAAGAUAUUGGUUAGUGUCUCAAGGUCAUUUUUUUAAAAGAUGGAACCAGAGGAAAUACUUCGUAACAUUUUUGGACCUAAUGUCCUAGUCCAACAAGAUACUUCUAGCAGUUCAGACAUUGAAAAGAAAAGUUUAUAUGAAAGACAAUCCUACUGUCUGAUCCUGGCUAAUAAUUACAUCAAGAAUGUACUUCGUAAGGAUAAUGAGAAUUCCGACACGGCAGAUUCACAGGAUGGAAGAAUUGGGCCCAAAAUCGUGAGAUUUGACAUUUCUACUCAUCAUGGUCUAUUUAUUGUAUCGCCGGACAGACUAAGUAUCAGUUCUCAGAGCAAUUUUAGUACUAUGAGAGCGAAUACAGGAUUGUACAGGGGAAAAUGGAUCUACGAAUUACAGUUGGGUUCAAAAGGUGUAAUGCAAGUUGGAUGGGGAACUAUAAAAUGUGAAUUCAAUCAAGAAUCCGGAGUCGGGGACACGGUGAAUUCAUACGCGUACGAUGGAAAUCGUAUAAGGAAAUGGAACGUUACCACCCAUAAAUAUGGCGAACCUUGGCUCUCUGGAGAUAUCAUAGGAUGUGCCUUGGAUGUAGAUAAUGGGAAAAUUGAGUUUUACAGAAACGGACGAUCAUUAGGAACGGCUUUUGAAAAUAUAACAAUGGGCGCGGGUAUCGCGUAUUUCCCAACAGUCAGUUUAGCUUAUACUGAAAAUCUUACAGCUAAUUUUGGCUCGACGCCAUUGCGGUAUCCAGUAAAAGAAUAUCAGACACUUCAAGCUCCACCAACGUUGGAAUUAAAGAAAGCUAAACUCUUGUUUGAAUGGUUUUUUAACCUGAUACCGCUGAUUGAAGAGAACAAGAGUAACGAGAAUAAUGAAGAGAUGGAAGAGAAAUCUAUGAGCAAUCAAGCUUUCCUCAUGUGCCUAGCCAGAUCUGUUUUACAACAUAUUGGACCUUUGCUCGCGAUGCCUUACAUUACCGAAGCGAUUUUCAUUCCUUUCGUCGAGAGACUCUCGAAUUCUGGAUCCGAUAGACCGCAAAACAAUUCCAAGUUGAUAACUUGCUUGGAUCUUCUGUGGACCUUCUUAGAAGAACACGAGAUAAAGGCUUGCUUCGAUAGUGCGGUUGUCUAUUUGCUAUCUGCGUUUAGACAUGUUUCUCUGCUGCUUGAAUAUCCAGAUCAAAGUAAAAGUCUCAUUCUGCUGAUAAACCUUUGCCAACAUACAGCCACUAGACAGAAUAUGCUCAAAUAUAUUCUAUUCGAUAAAGUUCGACUUGCAAAUUUCGUCCACAUUAAACCAUUGGAUGAAGGUGGUUUGGCAGAUAUAGUUAACAAAACCUGGUGGGAAACCGAUCCGGUAGAUCCGAGUGUAGAAGUCAAUAAGCAAGCAUACAUGGAUACCUGUGAACGAAUAAAGUCUGCAAUAACUGAGAUUGAGGCCUUGCAAGUGGAGCUGAUCGUGACUUUACUGGAUAAUAAGGAUGGCACUGAGAAGACACCAACAUCCAGAACAAUUUUCCUGAAGAAAUUCAGAAGAUUCGUCCAAGAGAACUUGAUAUCGAAUCGCUCGGAAUUCCUGCAGACAAUGCCGAUACUCCAGACACCAUUGCCAAUCACGCUGUGCUGCUUCCAUCGAUUGCUCGUUGCCUUUCGGGUCCUGUGGGAUGCUGAGGUCGGGACCAGUCCUGUCUACGUACCCUGCAGGGCGUUCUAUGAUGCAUCCAUCAAUUACUCCGGAAUCGACAGACUGGGCGGAGUGUUAUCCCACUUAAACAAGACCUACAGGAACGAACUGAUACACCUAUUAGGUCCAGAGCACGAUGUCAUCGUCGCAAUGGACCAGGCACAAGACACAACAAGUACUUUCAUGGGAGGACCAACAAGGCUUGGAGACCUACCUGUAGUUAUCCCAGCAUUUGCAAGGAUGGUAAACGUCAAUCCAUCAAGUCCUGCAGGUCCACUGAUAUUGGAAAGACUUGGAUACUUUCCGUUCAAUAGAGAAGAUAGAAGUCCAAUGAGAAACGGUCCAGCGGAUGCUGCAAUAUCAUUACUGGAAAUGCUGGAUGGAAUAAUUCUCUUCUACCAUGCUACUGCUAAGAAACAGUUGGCAAAGGUCGCCAGUCUCAGAGAUAGUAUGUCCGAGUACAUGGCUGCUAUGAAUGAUGUGAAAGUAAGAUGGGAGCAAGCGAAAAAAUCUAAAGAUCCUGAGGCUUUACCAAUUCAGGAAGAAUUGGGUCGAACCAUCAGUGUGUUUAAUAUUAAAUUAUCUGAACAAGCUAGAUACAUGGCCUGGAUCCGUGCUGCUGUAUAUUCAGAUGAGAAACAAGCGCAGCUUGCCUGGCUCCUUAGGGUCGUUACGUUAACGUUACAUUCUGCUAGUCAGGAUGCUAACAUGUUUACCUUUGUACCUGAUUUCUAUCUGGAAGCUAUGACAGACCUAAGUGUGGCCAUAAGGAAUCACGUUCAUCCUACAGUGCCCAUUGAGAGGAUAUCAGGAUAUGAAGAUAUGCUCUGUGACGUUGCGCAAUUUCUUUGCGACCAUUUCUUUGAUCCAAGAAUAAUACACGCCAAUGCUAGAGACACUUUGAUUUUGACAUUGGCAGGAUUUGUAUCGAAUUCUCUCACCCUGGCGGCACUUGAAAAUGUACCUGGAGAAUCUAGAAUGAAAGUAGUAACAAAUUUAUUGAGAUCUUACGAAAAUAGAGCGUGGGCGCAAUCGAAUUGGGUAUUGGUGAGAUUUUGGCAAGGAAAUGGAUUUGGUUUUCGAUACGAGAAAAGCCCACAUCUAGCGAAAAAGAUUGGACCAAAGAUGUUGCAGCAAGAAUCAAUAUCCCAACCUAUAAAACCAUGUCCGUCCGUAAAAUAUCAGGCACACGUGAAAGACGCUUUGCUAAGUAAUCCUCAAGGAACCAAGCAAUUCUUAAAUUCUUUGCUCAAUCAGCUUAACUGGACAUUCUCAGAAUUUAUUCGGAUGCUCCAAGAAAUUCAAAAUAUGUCAUCAAGACCUGAAAGAGUUUUUAUUGAAUCAAGACAACUCAAAAUUGGAGCAACAUGUUUUGAUUUGACUAUAUCUUUACUCAGAGUAUUGGAAAUGAUUGCUACUAUCGCUAAUGAGAUUUUUAGUGAUCCUUUACGGCCUUCCAGUGAAAAUUUAUUGAGUCGACUUUGCGAGUUACUAUGUCAAAUUCUGAACAGAAUAAGUUCCCAGACGGGAUGCUUCCAGUACGUAGUACUAUUGGAUAUACCCGACCUGGAGACAAUAGAUCAUUUCCCAAUCCUAGCAGCUGUAAUUGGAAUUUUAUUAGCUCUGCUUCAAGAGGAAAUGCGCAUAUACAAAUUGGGAGGAUCAAAAGAUGUGCCAAAAGUAACCAAAGUUCUGUUAACGGAACCAAGCUUUCAAAUAAGUUCAAUCUCAUUUGUACUCGGAGAAGUAAAACCAUCGAAUAUUCCAAUUAAAAACAGCAAACCAUUCUCAUUCUUUAAUUAUAAAGAAGAUAUAACAGAGUAUGAAAUUAAUAAGGUGAGAGAAAUGAUUAAAUACUUAGAUCUGCAUCGUACAAUGUUACCCGAUUCUAAGUACAUGAGCGACGAUGAGAAUAUUUGUACAAUUUGCUACGCGCAUCCAAUUGCUGCGACUUUUAAACCGUGUAAUCAUCGAUCAUGCCGGACAUGUAUAGACCGUCAUCUCUCUAAUAGUAGAGAAUGCUUUUUCUGCAAAGCCACCAUUCAUAAGGUUGUUGACGCUGAAGGUACAACCUUACAUGACUUUCUUACUAACUAUAUUGCUGAGAAUGCAACGUCACCUUCAUGAUUCAAUGAAAGUAAGACGUUUACGUCAUUAUUGAAAAUCGUAUUUAACGGGGGAACUAAAAGAAGAAAUUUUAAUCAAACCAUUAUUGAUCGCUGCAGAUUUGGAUCUUUUGGACGGUUUGCAGAUCGAUCAAGUUCCUUGCUUGUAAAAAAUAUUAGGUAAUUAAAACAAACUCCCAAGGAUAAGAAUCAAGGCAAUUUUUUUUAUUAGUUAUUAACAUUACUGAGAUAAAUUGUUAACAAAGUUAAAAUACGAGAUCUCAUAAAAUUUGGUAUAAAAAUUCUAGUCAUUGUUACACUUCGUCUUAUACAAUUAUAUCUAUGUACAUUUCUUUUUCCGCUUAUAUUACAAUAAUCACGUCAGUC